AUGCUUGAAGCGGCUUGCAACCCUGUGAUAGCAACACAAAGGAAGAAAAAAUCCAAGUUCCAAACUUUUAAGAACUUCUUUGCCAAGAAGAAGAAGAACAGAGAGCCGUCUGCUCCUGCAAGAGAAAACAAACUGAAGCCGAGCCAGUCCAGUAGCGAUCUCAGUGCCCAGAACCUCAAUUCUGACGUACUCCAUUUGCUGACCGAGCCCGGGUCCAGAGGGAGCAUGGGAAACAAAGCCUUAUCGCACGACAGCGUUUUCAUUUCUGAAUCUUUGCCAGAUGUCACAAGCCACACUUGUUCGCAGGAAAACCUUCCCGGAAAGGUGAAAGCUUUGCAGCUACGGUUGCAGCAGAACCUCCGGCUUGGCUCCCCUCCUCUUGUGAUCCCUGGAAAGAAAACAGAAGAUGCCGGCGCCAUUUCGGAAGACGACGGCUUGCCCAGAAGUCCUCCAGAAAUCUCCACCCUCCAUGACGUUCUGACCUGUUCCACGAGUACAGUAAAAUCUCCCAGAGUCCAUUACGGAAAAGAAGUUGGAAUAAUGAUCAAGUACCUUCUCAGUGGUUUUCUGGAGAAACAUGAUGGCCUGUCUGUCUGCAUUUUGCAGGUCCCCUCGGAAUCCUCCUCCAGGGCGCUCAGCCCCCUCUCCUCCGCAGCCCUUGGGAGUCCCGCUUUUCCAGGCCCCCACUUGCUUCCAGUCGACUUCGACAGCCCGGCCACGCCGCUCGGCUGCCUGGAUACCUCGGCGGCCCGGCAUAGGAUUGCCAUGAAUCCGCGGAAGCAGAAGGCCUUCGCCGGCAAAACUCAGAAUCUUCUUGCAGAACGUGUGGAGAAGGAAGAAUGCCUUCUUAGAGUGGCUGAAGGGAAAACAAGCCAUGUAAAACUCUUUGAAGAAGCUGCUGGCCAAGAAAGGGACCGGAAAGGCCCAUCCGCCCAGAAUACAAAUCUCUCCAAUGGGGAUUGGAUUCGUGGCGCGCGAACCAUGAUAAAGGCCUCCGACGCUUUGCGCUAUUCUUGGAACGCCGGCCCUGGGACAGACUGGGGGGGCCAAAAUCUGACGGAAACCGAUCUCCAACCCGGUGGCCCAAAGGCACAGCCGCCUUUAGCAAAAUGUGAAGACGAGCCCAUGGAGGGGGAAAGGAUAAAAGGAACGGAUUCCCUCACCGGUGACCUCAGGAUACAGCCGCACAGCACUGGGAAAGAGAUGGUCGAAAGUUUGGAAUUGCUGAACCGAGAAACAGGAACCACUGAACUCUGUGAUAUGUCACCCUCGUUUGGGCGUGUUGCGGGAAACGACCUUGAUGCGCCAGCAGAACGCCCACAAGAAGCAAAAGACUCUAAAGUUGGCAGUAAUGGCGUAUGUGGAGAAGGGAGAGCUGUUGAGGACAGUUUUGACACCCUUGAGGCUAAUCCUGUAUUGGUGCCGUUUCCUUCAUCCAGCUUGGAAGGUCCUUCUGAGGCAGAGCAGGCCACGGUUUUGACCUCUGGAAACAGCCCAGAGGCCAAAGAAGACACGGGAGGGUCUGCAGAUGGGACGCUUCAACCGCUUGAAGGCCGCGCAAGGCCAACCGCCUCCCCACAAGAAGAGUUGGCCAAGCCAGAUAGGCUUCCCCUUCGGAGUAUGGUGGGUGAGAAGCCACUUCUCUCAGCAGAACUCAGCUGCCCUGUUAGCCAGGGGCAAAAAGAGGCCUUACGAAAUCUGGCCGCCACAGGAUCUGCCGAGUCUGCUUCAAAAAGUGGCCUGCCUGACAGGAACACUGGAGAUCAUUCGGGAAGUGUGAAAACGAGAGGCGAAGAAAGCAAAGCUCCGAACGAGAUGGUCAAGACACUGUCCAGAUCGGUUUCUGCCAAGCCAGUCAGGUUCACCAUCGCUCCAGCCUGGCAGAGGUCUCUCUCGGGAGGUUCAAAUUCCACCGAUGGUUCCUGCCCUAGAAGCUCUCCGUCUUCUCCCAUAAGAUCAGAGUUGUUUGAAGGAAUACCUCAGUGGGAUUCCACCGGGCAGAGCAGCCCGGAAAGACUUGAUCCGAGUCAUAGGAGCCGGGUGUCCAAUUUGAACUCUGCCAACGAGUGGCCAAAUGAAGAAACGCAGGGCCACGAGAGCCCAUUCGGCGUCAAGCUGAGGAGAACCUCCUCUUUACUGAGAUACCAGAUGGAACAGAAGCAUCAAGAACCCCCAAAACAGUCUCCAGCAGGAGUUUCCAGAACGUCCUCGGUCUCUGUCAAAGCUGAGACAAAAUCACCAGACUCUGGAGUGCCGCUUCAAAAUCUUCCCAGCAGUGCUAAAGUUUUGGUUCCAAAACAGAGCUUCCAGGAGCAGAAAAAGCCCCUCAAGGCUAAAUUGGAUGAAGGGCCCCUCAAGCAGCCGAUGGGCAGAGCGUCAGAGCAUAUCCCAGUUCCGCCUUUGGAAACACCGCCUUCGGAGCCAGCCUGGAUUUCCGUGGCGAAGAUAAAACGGAGAGGAUUCCAGAGCCACCCUUUUGCCAAAGGAGAGAAGAAGGAGGAAAAGACGUCAUCCAAAGCGGAACAACCAGGGGAGAAGCGCAUCAGGAUUUCUCAACAGGAAAAGCAGGCGACUCUUACUGGUGAGAAGCUCUUAAAGAAGACGAGCACCGACCAGGGGUGUGUGCUUGAGACUGGAGUGCUGCCAAAGAUAACAGUAUCGGCAACAAAAGCACCGCUUGUCCGAACGGCCGCUCAAGAAGCCCCUCUGCUGGAAAAGGAAAUGCGAUCAUUGCCCAGCCUAUCUCUGUCCUCCUGCAGCCCGACAGAACCACCCUGGCUUUCUCUGGCCAAGAAAAAAGCGAAAGCAUGGAGCGAAAUGCCCCAAAUUGUUCAAUAGACAUUAUCCGAUACUUGCCAAUGGCUUGUUUUAAUAAUAUAUACUAACAUCUUCACUGUGAGCAUUUUAGGCGUUCCUGCUGAGGAACUGAACGGUUUUCAGAUGGUGGUAGAAAGAGAAGGAACCAAUUUCUAACUCUUUCAAGAAGAAAUUUCUACUCAACACAUAACCUGGCCUAAAAGUUGGGAUUAAUACACUGGGUGCUUUUGGCUGGAGGGACUCCAGAAGAUGUCCGCCAUACUUUGUGUAAGGUCAGAGACUCUCUUGAGAAAGACCUCAAAGGCUAUCCUCAUCCUUUUUCCUUCCAAAGACAGUAUUCUGAGACACCGUAGAUAGUAUUUCUGCUAACAGCUUGCACUGGAGUUGUUUUUUAACUUCCCAUUUCCUGUGAAACUUGGAUUGAUAGUGGCUGAAGACAAGAUGGGAUGGUGGCUGGUUUUUGUUGUUGUUGUUUCUCCAAAUUUUUGUUCCUCACAUCAAGCACAAUAUUGGUGCCAGAGUUAGUAGCUGUUAUUCACAUACUGGAUGCUGAGCACUGGUCACUAAAUCUCAGGUCUUCUGUAACUUCUGAUGUACAGGAACAGGAGCACAAGGGAAUCUGUUAGGUUGAUGAAUUUAGCUCAGACGUUCUCAGCCUUUGGUUCUCCAGAUGUUUGGGCCUUCAACUCCAUGAAUUCUUGAACGCUGGCCAUGACCAGCAUGUCUUCUUGAAGCAGAAGUUUACAGUGUACUACUUAGAGCAGGAAUACAGAACUUGCAGUGCCCCAAAUGUUGCUCCUAUACCCUUGGUCAUGUUGGCCAAGGCUCAACACGGGGGAAGUCCCAAACUUUUGGGAAGCCAGAAAUUCCCUUCCUCGGCUACAAUCUGGAAAUGGUUUGAUGAAUGGUUGCUCAUUAUGGGGUGUAAGAACUCAACCGUUUUCAGCUGCUUUUCUUGCCUCAGUACUUCCAAUAAUUUGGGCAGAUCUGAUGCAGAACUAGGCUGUCUCCCUUCAUGCACGCCAUUGAGACCGUGUUUAUUUUUUUGGUCUCGGGUUUCCUACCUUCGUCUUGGACUCAGCCUGAGCACUGGAGAUUUGGCUAGGCCAGUCCUCUUUGCAGUAACUCAUUGACACAGUUGUAGGACUACAGUACCGAGCAGCCCCAUCCAGGAAAGCCAAUGGUGAAAAGGAGCAUGGGAGUUGUAGCUGGCUCGCUAGUGGCUCUCUGCCUUGGGCUAAACCAGCAGGUCAGGUUGAAUGGCUUUUGUAGAGCUGAGGCAUACAAAUCUUAAACCAGGUGUGCUGUCUUAAUGGCACCCUUAAGAGAGGUGGUGGACGUGCGUGCUGGCAGAGUGCGCCAUUCCGAUGCAAACGACUGCACCAAGGGGAUCUGAAGAUGCUUCUAUUUACAGCUGAGGAAAAUGGACAGCAUUGUCUAAUCCUGGUUAUAUUUCUGCUCCCUGACACAAGAAAGAAGCAACAAAACCUUUACUUGGAUUAACUCUUUCCUCCCCUCCCCCCAUUGAUGUUCCCUCCUUAGUAUCAGUUGGUUUGGUUUGCCCUCCUAACUCCUUCCUCCUCCAAGAAGGGACACCAAAGGGGUGUGUAUGUGCACAAUUCUUGGUUUCUGUUU